UCUCUAGGCAGCACUAGGACUCGGAUUCGGCGCGCUUGCCUCGGGCCCUCCCCCGCCCAUCCCUUUCUGGCCUUAGGUCUGUCCGCUGGGGGCGCGCUCUGUGCGGGGCUGAAAGCGGCGGAGCGUGGGUCGCGUGGCGGAGCUUGGUUGCUAGGGACACCUGAGGUCGCCCGCUCGCCCAGCAGGCGCAGCGAAGAAGCGGCGCAGAGCCGGCGUCCAGUCGCGGUGAAGCAGGGUACCCUAGGCUGACGGAGUCAAGGAUGCAGCUGGUGCUAGAGGUGUGUGGCACCUUAUCUGAGGCAGGCCAUGAGGCCAUGUUGCCAUGAUGUGGGCCCCUCAUGGCCUCAGCAGGAACAGAGCACUACAGUAUUGGCCUGCGCCGAGGAAACAGCUUCAAGCAGAGACAUCCCUCAGGCACAGUGUCUGCUUCCCCAUCUGAGAAACCCUCGGAGGUCAAAGUCUGGUCUCAGGCCCAUCAGCAGGUGAAGCCAAUCUGGAAACUGGAAAGGAAGCACGUAGGCACACUGUCAGCAGGGCUGGGCACCACCAGCCUCUUGGGAGUCCCAUCCCAACCAGCCUAUUUCUUUUGCCCUAGCACUCUAUGUAGCUCUGGGACUACAGCUGUCAUUGCAGGCCACAGCAAUCCCUGUUACCUGCAGUCUCUCCCUGACUUGUUCAGCAAUACUCUGCUGUACCGCCGCACCGUGAGGCAAAAACCAUACCAGCAACUGGAAUCUUUCUGCUUGCCUUCCAGCCCAUCAGAGAAAAGAUCUUUUUCUCUCCCUCAGAAGACUCUCCCUGUCAGUGUCACUGCCAAUAAAGCCACAUCUUCUCCAGUCUUCCCCAUGGCCCAGCCCCUGGCAUCUUCACCCACUGAUCCAUACCUCUCACUGGCAGCCGCUGGGGAAAAUCCUUCAAGGAAGAGCCUGUCCUCUGCCAUCUCAGGGAAGAUUGCAUCUCCACUGUCCUCCUACAAGCCCAUGCUGAACAACAACUCCUUCAUGAGGCCAAAUAGCACUAAAGUGCCCUUAUCACAAGCCACAGAUGGCCUGAAGCCAGUAUCCUCACCCAAGAUGCAGCCUGUCUCAUGGCAUCAUUCAGGGGGUACUGGAGACUGUGUACCCCAACCUGGUGACCAUAAGGUGCCCCAGAACAUUGCUACUGUCUUAGAUGAUGUCACUGCCCCUAUCACCCCAUCUACCCCUAGCACCCUCAACAUAUCCACAGCCAGUGUUACCUCCUCCCAGUGCAGUCAGAGUAACUUUAGGAUGGAGGCACAUCCCUGUGGCCUGGAUGAAAACCCGGAUUCCCAGAGUGCUACUAAAGAGGUACACUUCACUGAGGCUGUGAGGAAGUUGGCUGCAAAAGGCUUUGAGAAGAUGCCACGACAAGGCUACCAGUUUGAACAGGCUUGUUUUGUGAACCCCAGCUUCCAGUGGGGUCUUCUCAACAGAAGCAGGCGGUGGAAACCUCUGAUGGGCCAGCGGCUUCCUCAGGAGGAUAUUGGAUUAGACAGUGGGAUCCUUCCUGGUGCUUCAGACACCUUGGGGUUGGACAGUACAGUCUUUUGUACCAAAAGGAUCAGCAUUCACCUCCUUGCCUCACAUGUCCAUGGGCUCAACCCCAGCCCUACCUGUGGCUCUGUAGUCGACCCCCAAUUACUUGGAGAAGACAGAGCUCCUGUUCCCCCUUCUCCCCUCCAGCCUCUUGGUGUAGCUGAAGUGGCCACUCGUCUUUCUUCUGUUCAUCUUGGCCAGCCUGCGAAGGAGCCUGAGGAAGCCAAGGACCUGAACUCUUGUACUAAGAGUGAUUGUUCAGCUGCUGACCUCCAGCCAAACCAGGUGGAGCCUGAAGAUACCGAAGAUGAGCUGGGAGAUGGCUUGGAAGAUAGCUGCAGCCAUGAUGAGAACGAAGAAGAGGAAGGAGACUCCGAGUGUUCUUCUUUAAGUGUUGUCUCCCCCAGCGAGUCAGUGGCAUUAAUAUCUCGGAACUGUGUGGAUUUGAUGUCCAAAUCCCUUUCCAGUCACGAGAAAGUUGUGCGGCCAGCCCUCAUCUACAGCCUCUUCCCCAAUGUGACCCCCACCAUCUAUUUUGGGACUCGGGAUGAAAGAGUGGAGAAACUUCCUUGGGAACAGAGGAGGCUGCUUCGGUGGAAGAUGAGCACAGUUACCCCCAACAUUGUCAAACAGACCAUCGGACGGUCACACUUCAAAAUCAGCAAGAGAAAUGAUGACUGGCUGGGCUGCUGGGGUCACCACAUGAAGUCUCCUGGUUUUCGAUCCAUUAGAGAGCAUCAGAAGCUAAAUCACUUCCCAGGCUCCUUCCAGAUUGGGAGGAAGGACCGGCUGUGGCGGAACCUGUCUCGAAUGCAAAGCCGUUUUGGCAAGAAGGAGUUCAGUUUCUUUCCCCAGUCCUUUAUCCUGCCCCAGGAUUCCAAACUCUUGCGAAAAGCCUGGGAGAGCAGCAGCCGCCAGAAGUGGAUUGUGAAGCCACCAGCAUCUGCUCGAGGCAUUGGCAUUCAGGUCAUUCACAAAUGGAGUCAGCUUCCCAAGCGCAGGCCCCUCCUGGUACAGAGGUAUCUACACAAGCCCUACCUCAUUAGUGGCAGCAAAUUUGAUCUUCGGAUCUAUGUUUACGUGACUUCUUAUGAUCCUCUACGGAUUUACCUCUUUUCGGAUGGACUCGUCCGCUUUGCCAGUUGCAAGUAUUCCCCUUCCAUGAAGAGUCUUAGUAACAAGUUCAUGCACCUGACCAACUACAGUGUCAAUAAGAAGAACACAGAAUACCAGGCCAAUGCUGAUGAGACCGCAUGCCAAGGCCACAAAUGGGCAUUGAAGGCUUUGUGGAACUAUCUGAGCCAGAAAGGAAUUAAUAGUGAUGCCAUUUGGGAGAAGAUAAAGGAUGUUGUUGUCAAAACCAUCAUCUCGUCAGAGCCCUAUGUGACUAACCUACUGAAGUUAUAUGUGCGGCGCCCCUAUAGCUGUCAUGAACUCUUUGGUUUUGACAUCAUGCUGGAUGAGAACCUGAAGCCCUGGGUCUUAGAAGUCAACAUUUCCCCAAGCCUCCAUUCCAACUCUCCCCUGGACAUCAGCAUCAAAGGCCAGAUGAUCCGAGAUCUUCUGAACCUGGCAGGCUUUGUUCUGCCCAACAUGGAGGAUAUCAUCUCUAGUUCCAGCAGCCCCAGCAGCUCCAGUGGCUCCAGCACCAGCCUGCCAAGCUCUCCUAGAGACAAAUGUCAAAUGACUCCAGAGCACUUCACUGCACAGAAGAUGAAGAAAGCCUAUUACCUGACCCAGAAAAUUCCUGACCAGGACUUCUAUGCGUCUGUGCUGGAUGUCUUGACACCAGAUGAUGUUCGGGUUUUGGUGGAGAUGGAAGAUGAGUUUUCUCGUCGUGGUCAAUUUGAAAGAAUUUUUCCUUCCCGAAUCUCUUCUCGCUAUCUUCGCUUUUUUGAGCAGCCACGAUAUUUCAACAUUCUCACCACCCAGUGGGAACAGAAGUACCAUGGAAACAAGCUCAAAGGAGUAGAUCUGCUUCGGAACUGGUGCUACAAAGGCUUCCACACGGGGAUUGUCUCUGACUCAGCUCCACUGUGGUCUCUGCCAACAUCGCUCAUGACUUCCUCAAAGGGUGAUGGGACACCAAAUUCCAUCAGCAGAUCAGAACACAACAAGUCAAGAAAGAAGAACUGCUCCGAGGGAAAUACGCUAUCCUCUGAAGAUAAGCUAACACCCAAGUCCAAGAAGAGUCAAGCUGGCCUGUCCCCCAUAUCCAGGAAGACUUUGUCCUCGAAGAGCAAUGAGAGCUCCAGCAAACAGUCCAAGCGCUCUACCCCAGGGUUGCCUGUUCUCAAGUACUCUGGGCAGACUUCCAGACUUUCUGCUUCUUCUGCUUCCCAGUCAGUCGCUGACUCCCUCCUGACUGCUGUGAGCCCAUGACUGGUCCUGCACAGGAGCACUCAGCUACCUCAAGGGAACCAGCCUGCUGACCAUCCUGAGCCUCCACCCCGCCUCCACUUUGCCCCUCAUCAGAGUAUUUUUGAAGUGUUUCUAUUGUAGAUAUGGGCAACUGGAGGGCUGGAGGGGCGGUGGUGAUGGGGAGAAGGUGAGGAAGGUUCACCCUCUGUCUGUCACCUUACUGCCUGGCUGGCACUUCAUAUCUCAGUAGAGAAGCCAGUGACAGCCAAGCAGCCUUAUAAAGCAGGGUUUGGUUUCUACACUGAGAGCCAUGUGUGAUUUAUUUGAGGCCCUGGUACAAGGUUUGAGUUGUAGCUCAAGAGGAGAAAACAUGCUAAACACAGAAGUCUCUUGUUCUGUAACAGAGAGGAAUUCCUUGAAGGUCCUGAUUUCCUUAGGACCUCUGUCCCCUGCUUAGCCUUGUCUUGAAGAGACAGUCUUAGAAACUUUCAGAUUUCUUCAGAGACAAGCAGAAGAAACCAUGACCGGCUAUCCCAUUUUCUGGCCUCCUGGUCUUGGGGUGACAUCCAUACCAUAUCUCCAUUUAAGCUUACACCCAAUGAGCGCCAUCACCUGCGAGUUGCUAUUACCUGUGAGUCUCCCAGGGCUCCAGUGAAGGAUCCUGAUAAUUUUAGUUGCUGCUAUGUAGCGGGCGGAGGUGGUGGGGGUGGAAUGAACUCUAUUUUCCUCAGUGUGGGGAAGUCCUAUAGUCUCUUUUGCUUUGAGCAGGGUUUAGUGCCUUGGUGGGUGGAUUCAGCACAGUCACUCUUAGAGGACAGGCUUCUCAUCUCUGACAGUCAAUACUCAGCUGCAUCUACCUCCACCCCCCCCACCCCCCUACCCCCCCCACCCCGGACUCACCUACACUAAGCACUGAAUAAACACUUGACAGAGUGAACUGGGCAUACAGAUCUCCAAAGGACACUGGCCCCUGCAGCACUGCUGUUCUCUCCAGUGUGGGAAAGGAGAGCUCAAGGAGGCCAAGGCGGGACAGUUUGGCUUGGAAGAGGUUUCACUAGAGCCAUGGCCUCCUUAGCUUAGCAUUCCCGCAGCACUCACCUCCCUGGGACCUGUAGACUCUAGUUUUCCCAGCAGAGGGGCUCGCAAGAAGCCAAUUGGCCCUGUAUCUGAGAAACAAGAUUUGCCCUUCGUACACCAAGCUGGCCGACUCUACUGGCCUUAUCCUCAUUCAUCUGAGUUUUGGAAAGAGGAAGGCUUUUUCCACGUGGCCCCUGGAGUCCUUAGUCAGUUGGCAUGGAGCCCUGGAAAGAUAAGAGAGACCUAACUGGGUUCAAGGCCACAGCGUAGGUGAACAUGACGGUCAGUCCUAAUGCUGUGUUGACAGUUGUGAAGAAAGCUGGAUAACAAAGUCCUAGGCAGUGUCUCCUGCUCAAUGAUAAAUGCUUCAAAGUCAGACCACAGUGGGAGAGUCCAAGCCGUUCUGGAAAAUCUGUUCUGAUAUCAACCGCCAACAACACCCUCUUGUCCUGGUUACAGUAUCCUAGUGCUCAUGUUGGUUUACUCCUUGAAAGUGCUCACCAGCACAGUAGCUGCCUGGAGCCCACCAGACAAAGCCCGUGGGGACCCCUUGAUGGGACACCUGCAGCGCACUGGCAGUUCUGUCUUCUGUUCUGAUGACCCAGCCUUGCCUGGGGACUGUAAUCUUUGCCUCAAAAAUGCCAGAUUGUCUGGGUGUGCUGUUGUGCCCAGCUAAACACACAGUAUUCAGUCUUACAUCUGAAGGCCGAUGGAUCUGUUUUGCUAGUGGGAGAAAAGAUGGGGCUUGUAUAUCAUCUUAUUUUCAAGAGUGUAACCUUAAUUUAUUUCACAUGCAUGUUUUAGCACUGGCUAGUCAAUAAAUAGCAUUUGGCUGAAUGAGGUUUUUUUUUUUUUUUAAGUAAUAGCUUUUGAAAGUUUUAAAUUUGUAAGUGUACUGGAAUACACAUUUAUCUGCAUCAGUUGUUUUCCCAAGUUGAUAAGAUACCCAGCCUCCAGAGGAAGGGGGAAGCAAAGACUGACACAGGGAAUAAAGUCAUCUUUUCCUUUAUAAUAGGGACAUGAGACCCACCCUGCAGGUUGUUUAGUAAGCUAAGCCAAAGCACUGGGGAUUGGAGUUUCCAGUUUGUUGGUUUAUUAUCCAAACAUUGUUUUGUGCAAGAAAUGUAAAAAAAAUCUUUCCUUGAAACUGGGUGUGGUAGCUCAUACCCUUAAUGCUAGCACUCUGAGGAGGCAGAGGUGAGCCGAUAAAACCUUCCCUUUAAAGAAGAGAAACUGCUACCGAGGUCUCAGAAAAGGCCAGAGCAGUGUCUCUACUCACCUUUUACCCAGGGCUUGCUGAAGCGCACUUCAUUAUUCCUCAUAGCACUCAGUGGGAGUCUUGUCUGGCUUCAUCUCUGUAGCAUCCCAGGAAAGGGAGCCGUAAACCUAAAUAUGUGUGUGAAGUGAUGAUUUGGUUAUCCCAAGAGCCUUGAUUGGCAAAGAAUAAUGAGAGUGUCUGGGACAAAAAUAGCACAGAAGACAAACCAUGAGGGCUGCUGUGAGGACCUAGCAACUACCAGGGUAUUCUGUCACUUCAGGCCCAUUAUCAGGGUGGCAGCUCUUUUGCUGAAAGUCACAUCCCAUCACUAUAGCCAAAGAACAUUCUUGGUGGUUUCCGUGGCAGUUCACUGCUGAGGGCCAGUGAUUUACACUUCCUUCCCUGGGAUAAGAUGAUGGUCAAAGGCUGCUAGGGAGCUUACCCUGUGGGCUUCUUGUUAGUACUGAUUACUGCUCUAAUGAAUGUCUAGUUUACUCUGGGUCUGGAAACAAUGGUUUUCAGAGAGUAUCUUGUCAUUUGGAAUUUUGAUCCCAGCCUCUCCAGCAGUGCUUAGCCUUGAACCUUAAUCUGUAGUCCCUGGGGACCAGUGCGUGUGCUUUUGACUUCCUCCGUCAGCUUCAGAUCAGUGGAAGCAGCAAGCAGUCCUGGAAUUGUGAGUGAAUUGUGAGCGAUCACAGCAGAUCAGCAGCCACAUGACAUUCUGAGACUGACCUGUCUGCUUUAGACAUCAGAAUGGGCUAAGAUUGAAACACCAGGGAUCACCACAGAAAUCAACAUUUGAAAUGUAUCUAGUUUAGAAAUUUCAGCUUAGUAACCAGGGAUAUCAGUUUCUUAGAUGUAGUUAUGAGGAUCAAAUUGUGUGUAAAACAACUUUUUAAUAAAGUGCCUCACAGUGCAGAUUUCAUCAUAUAAGUCCUAAAAUACCAAAUGAUUCCUCCAGACCAUUUCCUCAGAGUAGCAGGCGCGGGGCCAGGCCUUACACUGCUCUUAGCAGUUCUGUGGCAGAGCAGUAGGCUCAGCAAAUGUGCUCAGGCCUGUGGGAGCCGUUGGAUAGGGCUGGGCUUGUCUUCCUAAAUUGUGCAACUAUUUGCAUAACGUUUACAUUGUGUUGGGUAUGGUAGUUAAUCUAGACUCCAUUUGAAGUCCAGUGGAGGAUGUGUGCAGGCUAAACUUCAGCAGCAAAUGCAACUCCAUUUUACCUAAGGGAUUGAAAAAUCUGUGUGCUCUGUUAUCGGAGUCCUAGAGCCCAUCCCCACAGAGGCUGGAGAACUGUGCUGUAAUUCUGUCUGUGCGAAAUUAGAGCUGAAGAUUUGAUCAAGAUAAUUAGCUUAAGAGUUUAGAACCCUUUCUGCUGUCAGAGGGGCACAAGUAAAACUUAACACUAAGUGGCCCAACAACCGGAAUGCCAGCGUCUGGAAAUGCAGAGCCAUUGGUAGGAAUGCCAGUAUCCCUGGCAAGGGUGCUCAGAUCCAUUGAUAGUUUGGUAGUUUCUUAAAAAGUAGAACAGCCCAAGUGUGCAGAAGCCAAUGGAAGAACAAACUGUUGAGUAGAUACUGUCUAAACAUCAGAAUGGAAAAACCAGUGCACAGCUGGGAUGAUCUCUACAGUACUGUGCUGAGUGAAAGAAGCCAGAAACAAGCCCAUGUGCAGACUCCAGUCUAGAAGAGGAAACAGCUCACAGCAGGCGGGGCUUCCUGGGUGGGGUAUGCCUGGGGGGAGGGGAGCAGAGCAUUGACUUAGAGGCACAUGGGAAUACUCUGUCUUAAUUGUAGUUGUGCUAACAACUGUAUAGAGUUAGCUGACCUCAAAAUUGUCCUGUUGAAAUGAGUAUUAUACACAAAUUUUUAUAAAUAAAGCUGAUUUUCUGAUUUUCUUUUCUUUAACUUCUUUUUUUUUUUUUUU